AUGGAUGAGCCAAACUACGCUCGAUAUCUCGAAUCUGUUUACCAAGAUACCCACUGGGAAGUGGCACGGGUUCCGCAUGGCUCCAUUAACGCUACUCUGCGCGCAGCCAAAGCGGCUGGGCAAGCCGGACCACAAUCCCUCAUCUUGAAGCAUGCAUCGCCAUUCUUCGAGGACGAGGGCCAGCUGCAGCCGUUUUCUUUAAACCGUCAGCAAGUAGAAGCUACCAUGAUGAGCCUCUGGGACGAGGACGGGCUAUUCGCAGAAGCUGCUGCAAGCCCAGAUAUGUGGCGCUUACCAAGGUUUAUACGCCAUGACCAAGGAGCUGAAUCGGACUUGUUGAUCACUGAUAAGAGUGACAAGGCCUCUAUCCUUCUCCUGGAGGAUCUGGGCGAGGUUGUCAAUCUUCUUAAGCGUGUUGAGGUCUGGGCCCAGUCAAGCGCGUCACCAAAGGCGAAGAGUUCGGUGUCACGAAUUGGCAAUAUCUUAGGGCACUCCCUUGCAACGAUGCACAGCCGAGAAACUGCUCUCGCGAUUGAGUCCCGGCCCGAAAUUGCAGAGGUCCUCUCUCAGUCCUUGACAGACGACGUCGUCUGGUAUCUCGCAAUGAAAAAUUUACCAGAAUACUUGGCAAAUGUUCCCAAAUCAGAGAUUUACUAUCGACGGCUUGUCGAGGAUAUCAAGAAUCCACAACAUGCGUACCCGGCCUGUCUCGUGCAUGGAGACUUCAACUUUGGCAAUAUAAUGCUGCCACUGUCUCCCGAUCUUGACCAUGACCUGCGUCCAUUUAUUAUCGAUUGGGAAUUUGCUGCGAGAAACGGCAGGGGUGUCAAUGGAGACGUGUCGGAAUUCCUUUCUAUUUUACAUUGUCGACUUAUCAGUGCCCGGCGGCAGCAAUCGACACUAGGCGACUUGCUCAGACAGCUUUGCAACAGCUUUUGCUCAGGGUAUCGUCAAAAAGCGACGCUCGAAUGCAAGAUGGAGCGAGGUGAUUUAAACUCGCAGCUCUAUCGUUCAACCUUGCUGCUGAAUGGACGAGACAUGAUCAACUACGCACACGACGCCUGCACUGAAGAUGAAACUUUUGAUGAGAUGAUUAAGAUUGGGCUGUGGUAUCUUGAGCGGGCUUGCGAUAACAUGGAUGAUUUCUUACAGGAAUCAAACUGCACAGGGCUUAUCAAGGAGGACGAGGGCCUAAUUCGCUCUCUCUUUAUCUUUAAUGACAGUGGCCGUUGA